CCGAACCGAGACCCGAUAGUGCGAACGCCAAAUGCUCAAACUCGAAACCCUUCUCUCUGUAAACGAUCCACACAUUUUCAAAAACUCGCUCGUAAGUCGCAACGACUCUUCAUCCGUCUCUGCUAUGCUCCACUGUGCUAGAUAGAUCUUCACCAUUAUUCUCAUUUUGCUGCUAGGUACUCUCUCCCUCUUCUUUUCCCUUUCCCUCUUCGUUUCUGGAUUUGAUUCUUCAAAAGUUUAUUCUCAAGGCCUAGACAUUUUUCAUUGAAGGCAAUGGGAGAAACCCUAGAACACCUCUCUCAAUGCUUCCUUCAAACCCUAUCUCCCAAUCCUGAGCCUCGUCGCAGGGCUGAGGCUUCCCUUGUUGAGAUGGCCGACAAGCCCAACUACGGCGUCACUGUCCUCCGCCUUGUUGCGGAACCCUCCGUGGAUGAACAGAUACGUCAGGCUGCCGCUGUUAACUUCAAGAACCAUCUCCGUACCAGGUGGGCUCCCGCUCCCCCAUCAGACGCCAAAAGCUAUGCUCCGGAACUAUCCCCGAUUCCGGACCACGAGAAGGAGCAGAUUAAAACCCUAAUUGUCCCUCUCAUGCUUUCAUCGACUCCACGUAUUCAGAGCCAGCUUAGCGAAGCCCUUGCUUUGAUCGGCAAGCAUGAUUUCCCCAAAUCAUGGCCUAGUCUACUACCGGAGCUUGUCGCGAACCUCCGACAGGCCACUGAUUAUGCCUCCAUCAACGGCAUCCUCGGUACCGCUAACUCUAUCUUCAAAAAAUUUCGGUACCAAUACAAGACCAAUGACCUUCUUCUUGAUCUCAAAUACUGCCUUGAUGGUUUUGCUGCACCUCUACUCGAAAUUUUCCUCCGAAAUGCUUCUCUUAUUGAUUCCUCUGCUAGCUCCGGUGGUACGGCGAUGUCCCUUCGCCCAUUGCUGGAGUCACAACGGCUUUGCUGUAGGAUCUUUUACUCUCUCAACUUUCAAGAACUUCCGGAGUUCUUUGAAGACCAUAUGAAUGAGUGGAUGACUGAGUUUCGAAAGUAUCUUACAGCCACUUACCCGGCUCUUGAAGGUGGUGGUGGUGAUGGGCUUGCGCUUGUUGAUGAGCUCCGGGCAGCUGUCUGUGAGAACAUUAACCUUUACAUGGAGAAGAACGAGGAGGAAUUUCAAGGGUAUUUGAAAGAUUUUGCCUUUGCCGUCUGGAGCCUCCUUGUUACUGCCUCUGCUUCCUCUAGUCGUGAUCGGUUAACUGUUAUGGCAAUCCGAUUCUUGACCACAGUUAGCACAAGUGUCCACCAUACUUUGUUUGCUGGUGCUGAUGUCCUAGAACAGAUCUGUCAGAGCAUUGUGAUCCCCAAUGUACGACUGAGAGAUGAGGAUGAGGAGCUCUUUGAGAUGAAUUAUGUUGAGUUUAUCAGGAGGGAUAUGGAAGGGAGUGAUAUUGACACUCGGAGAAGGAUUGCCUGUGAGCUUCUGAAAGGGAUUGCUACCAAUUACAAGGAUCAGGUAACUGCCAUAAUUUCUGUUCAGAUACAAAACAUGUUGGCCAGCUUUGCUCAAAAUCCAGCUGCAAAUUGGAAGGAUAAAGAUUGUGCUAUAUUCUUGGUUGUCUCCCUUGCUACCAAAAAGGCUAAGGGUAGUUCAGUAUCGACAGAUCUUGUUGAUGUGCACAGCUUCUUUGGAUCAGUCAUUGUCUCUGAGUUGCAAAGCCAGGAUGUUAACAGUUUCCCCAUGCUAAAGGCAGGGGCUUUAAAGUUUUUUACAAUGUUUCGGAAUCAGAUUCCAAAGGAAGUUGCGAUUGCUUUAGUUCCUCAUGUGGUACGUUUUCUGGGUUCUGAAUCAAAUGUUGUUCACUCUUAUGCUGCUAGUUGUAUUGAGAAGCUUUUGCUGGUUAAGGAUGAGGUAGGAAGGCCGAGGUAUACUUCGUUAGAUAUUAACCCGUUUCUUUUGGUUCUGAUGAAUAACCUCUUUAAUGCGUUGAGAUUUCGAGAAUCUGAAGAUAAUCCUUACAUAAUGAAGUGUAUAAUGCGGGUUCUAGGGGUUGCAGACAUUUCUGGUGAGGUUGCUGGAGCUUGUAUUGCUGGUCUGACAUCCAUUUUGACUGAGGUUUGCAAGAACCCGAAGAACCCUAUUUUCAAUCAUUAUUUGUUUGAGGCAGUUGCUGGUUUGGUUAGACGGGCUUGUGAGAAGGACCCUUCUCUGAUAUCAGCAUUUGAAGCAAGCCUUUUCCCCAUCCUCCAGACCAUCUUGGUCAACGAUGUAACUGAGUUCUGGCCCUAUGCAUUCCAGCUCCUGGCCCAACUUGUUGAGCUCAAUAGACCACCCUUCUCAGAAAACUACAUGCAUAUUUUUAAGCUUCUACUCCAGCCUGAAACCUGGCAGAGAUCUGCAAAUGCUCCAGCACUUGUGAGACUGCUUCAGGCCUUCCUUCAGAAGACACCUCAUGAAGUGACUCAAGAUGGUAGGCUGAGUGAAGUUCUUGGGAUAUUUAGCAAACUUGUGUCGGUCUCUAGCACAGAAGACCUUGGAUUCUAUGUGCUCAACACUGUUAUAGAGAAUCUGGGGAAUGAUGUGAUUGCACCCUUUGUGACCCACAUAUGGGCUGCACUUUUUACGCGGCUGCAGAAUCAUCGAACAGGGAAAUUUGUGAAGUCUUUGGUUAUCUUCAUGUCCCUGUUCUUGGUCAAGCAUGGGCCUGUGACCUUGGUGGAUUCAAUGAAUGUUGUUCAGCCUAACAUAUUUGUUGUCAUCCUUGAGCAAUUCUGGAUACCCCAUCUUAAGUUGAUUACGGGAACCAUUGAAUUGAAAUUGACUUCAGUUGCUUCCACCAAGCUUCUUUGUGAAUCUCCAGCCCUUCUGGAUGCUUCAGCUGUUCUCCUCUGGGGAAGAUUGUUGGAUAGCAUUGUUACCCUUGUUUCACGACCAGAGCAAGAGAGGGUUGAGGAGGAACCAGAAAUUCCAGAUAUUGCAGAAGCCGUGGGCUAUACUGCUACCUUUGCCCAACUCUACAAUGCUGGGAGAAAAGAGGAAGACCCUGUGAGGGAAAUUAAUGAUCCGAAAGAAUUCUUGGUGAAGUCACUGGAAAGACUUUCUGAACUUUCUCCAGGGAAGUACCCUGACAUAAUUAAUAGAUCUCUUGAUCUAACCAAUCAAACAGCUUUGCUCCAGCUUUGCAGCACAUAUAAUUGUGCUAUAGUCUAAGAUUAUAUGCAAAUAGAGGACUUAGUUGGUUUUUGUUGCCUUCAGGGUCACCACAGAAGAACUACUUUUUAUGAGUGGAUGAUUUUGGAUCUUCUUAACUGCAGUGAGUGUUGUAGUUUUCUUUUGUAUCAAACAUGCAGCGCUUUGAUCCUGUUUCAACCGAUUUUAUGUCGACUGUCAAGUCUACGUUCCUUUUUUUUUUCCUUCUUGUUCUGUUAAAUCACCCUCAGAAGUAACUAAGGGGAAAGAAAGAGAUGAAGUUGUCGAGAGGAAUUUUGUUGAUUUUUGGCAGCCUAAACAACAGCGUAUUUUCCUUUAUGACCUUCCUCUCCAUGUUGCAGAACCCAAGUCAUACUCCUCUUGGUGAAUGCUGGUGAAUUUGCUAGUGAUUUAUAUUUUUAAGGUGACGAUGUGACUACGGAGAAUAGAGUUGUGAGCAACUUGAGGUGUAUGCAAUGUCAUAUCAUCUAUGCUGUUAAAAAGAGAAGACUCUAUUUGAUGUGUCAUAAAGAGGAAUGCCAUUUUGACCACUAAAGGUUGUAUCACACUUUUUUUUGUGGUAGAAGUAUCUGCACUCGUAAAGAAAGAAGAAAAGGCAUUUGAUUUGAA